AUGUCCGACUCGUUCUCGAUUAUCUCACUUGGAUUUCAGUUGGGAAAUUGUGCUUCAACAGCUACUGCAAACCUUUUAUUAUCAUUAUUGAUCGUUUAUCGAAAAGAGUUACGACGAGAGAAAGAAUUGAUCCUUUUGGCGUAUUAUUGUUUCACUGAUGCCCUCUAUGCAUAUGGGGCUUUCUAUUUAGCACUACGACGCUUUCAAUCAACACUCUGGCCUUACGCUUUUCCCGACGUCUCGCCGAAUAAUUGUAUCUUUCAUCCACUUCAUCUUUUAAUCGUUUUCUCCUAUCCAGCCGUUCCUCUAGCGGAAUUGGCUCUAACAAUCGAUCGAGGCUACGCGAUUUUUCGACCAGCCAAAUAUUUCCGCAUGGAUCAUCGAGCAUCGAUUCGAAUGGUAAUUGGAAUCACCAUUAUCGCCUUUUCUUUUGUCGGCUAUUGUAUCUAUGACUCAUUGACACGAUCAGAUCCUCCACUAUCCGUUCGUUAUGGUUGUUAUCCAGAAGUCUAUUCAACGAUCUUCAACAGUAUCAUGUUUGGCGGGAAAGCUGUCCUUUAUGCAAUCUGUUGCAUUGUCUAUUUACCGAUCAUUUGUCGAUUGCUUCAUUUACAUGGCACACAUAAAAAAUGCAAAUGUCAGCAGUGUCAAAUGAAAAGAUCGUGCGCAAAUAUUGGAGUGCUAAUCGUCGGCUUAUUAGUGUUAAUUAUUGUGCCGACACCUUGUUUACUCUUCUUUCCGGACUCGAAAGUGGUCGAGCUCUUGUUCUACAACUUGGCUCUCUCCAAGCCGUGGCUCAACGUGAUCUUCGCUUUGGUUUCUUUCAGUCAAAUUCGUCGCCUCGUGUUCCCAGUGCUGAAAAAGCGAUUCGCUGCGCUCAGAAAUAGUCGCGGUUCUCGGAUCUCUUCGGCUGGAGGACGCGAAAAAGAGUUUGAGAUGCCGACAACAAGAUCCAAU